GAAGUUGACUACGACCACGCAUUCCGCAUUUUUGAACGACUCGAAGAUCUAGUAGUUGAUAGUGAUGACAUGGAGCGGAUUCGUAAGCAAGAUGUGCGGCUCAAUGUGGAGCAGAUAGUCAGCCAAGUGCCUGCAGAUAAAAAAGAUGCUAUAAGAGCUUGCUUGGAGCCGUUUUCCAAGAAAGGAUACCUUGAUUUGGAAAAGAAAUUUCGCGGUGUACUAUUCACGAGUCCUUUGCGAGUCGUUAAACAUGUACUCGAGGGUGAAGGAUCCUGUCGCAUCAACUUGAAAGUCGAAUGGAAUUCUGAUAUGGGACCCAACCAAUUCAUCAACGAUGUCUUUGGCAUAGUUAUUGACAGCAGUGGUAAUACCGUCGCUGUCACUAGCAGACAGAAAAACGGGGCAAAACCAGGCUCAACUUUCAUAGUUAUGGGAUUAGGAACAAAUGCGAAUGUGCGUAGUGCUAGAAGUGACAAGCACAGAGUCGAGCUAACUACUGAUGAUCAUUUGUCAAAAAGAUUCAAGAUGACGCUGAUGAAUGUAUUCGACAUGUUUGACUUUGACUGCGAUGGUCUUCUUUCUAGGGACGAGUAUUCUGCAUUUGCAAUUGCAACUGCGGAUACACCUCCAGACGAUGAGUGUGAGGCUUUCUCUGGAGACGACUUAGCCGUACCCGACAUAUGGGAAUCCCUAUACCGUCUCGGAUACGAUAGCAAUCUGCAGCUUCAUUAUGUGGGUACAUUGGCAUUUCUUGCUGUACAUUUCAAUACGAAUUAA